ACGGGCAAGUUAAAUGGCUUAGCCAGUAAGUGGGUUUGUAUAAGCGCAACGUAUCGGCGAUCUGUUUGGAUUACUUCGUGGAAUCGCCUGCUCGCCGAUCAUGGGGAAUAUUUUUACGAGAAUCAUGAGUAUUUUUGGCAACCAGGAACACAAGGUUAUUAUUGUGGGACUGGACAAUGCCGGGAAAACCACCAUCCUUUAUCAAUUCCUCAUGAACGAAGUUGUGCACACAGCCCCGACCAUUGGAAGCAACGUGGAGGAGAUCAUUUCGAGGAACACGCACUUUUUAAUGUGGGAUAUCGGGGGGCAGGAAACUCUAAGAGCCACUUGGAACAGUUACUACUCCAAUACAGAGUUUGUGAUCUUGGUAAUAGACAGCACUGAUCGUGAGCGGCUGCCCGAGACCCGGGAGGAGCUAUACAAGAUGCUGGCACAUGAGGAGCUAAAAGAUGCAGCAAUAUUAAUUUUCGCCAACAAGCAAGAUGUGAAGGACUCCAUGACAGCAUCAGAAAUCUCAUCUUCCCUGGCACUUGGUGCCAUCAGAGACCGUGCCUGGCAUAUCCAGGGUUGCUGUGCCCUGACAGGAGAAGGGUUACCGGCAGGACUUGAUUGGUUAAAAUCUCGAGUGACGGCCAACUGACUGCCCAGGAAAGGAUCUUUAUUUAUUUCAUCAGUGUUGGACACUUUUUUUUUUUUACCCAUGUAUUAUUUUUAACAUCUCAGACUUUAAUACGGAGGAUCUAUUUUUUUUGUUUCCUUGCUGUUCAUUUGCAGAAUAUGCAGUUUCUGCCUCAAGCGAGCGGGGUGGGUGGGGCCUAUUUACACGCUGGAAAGAACUGACACUGCUUUUUUUCAAAUCAAGCAAUGGGUCUUGUAUCCGCCCCGUCAUCUCUGUUCCAGAUAAUACUUUCCACUGACUCAAGUGAUAUUCUGACUGCUCCGUGGGGGGGGAGGAGAGUGCGUUUUAGCUCCCGAGAGCGCAGACUAACAGCGAGCAAGUUAUGGUUACUGCUUUGCCUCUGUCCCCACAUCAAGAUCAGCAUUAAUGGCCUCUGUCUACUUAACGGAACACUAAUACGAAGGAAAUCCUAAUGGGUCGGGGUAUCAAUGUGAGCUUCCAAUUGUUACUAGAAAUGAAGAUUAUAAAGGGGAUGUGAGUAAUAUAAUAGGUAGCUAUUAUAUUUAUGCUCAUUUCACUAAGUAGAAGGGCAUAAUUUGUGUAUUCCUAUAACAUUCUUUGCUGUGUCUUUAGGGAACAUUGCAUAUAGUUGCUUUAAUAGAUAUAGGUGGGAGAUGCCAUGUUGCUUGCCUCCGGCAAGCAACAUGGCAUCUCCCACCUAUAUCUAUUAAUGCAACUAUGUAGAUAAGGGAUGUUCUAUGCAUACAGAAGGCUAUACCUUUAUACUUCAUGAUCAGUCUCUGGAUAUAUCAUUGUUUAUUUUAUUACACUUGUGAUACUGUACAUCAUCUUCCUCAUCCGUGAAGGGAAGUGGAAAAAAAAGAAGCAGAAGAACCUCCCCAAAAUGUGCAAAAAAAAAAAAUCUAAUUUUUGCCAAAGUACAUGUUCAUUUUUAUACAUGUUAAUGAAUUUUGUAGCAAGUUUUUUUGAUGCAAGAACAACACUUGGUUAUAUUAACUUCCCCUUUAAACCGUCACACAGCUCCUUUAGAUCUAUGCACCUACUACCUCAGUUCCACCUAUUGCCCCACCCAUUUUUCCCUGCUUCCCUGGCAUGCUGUGUGGGAGGGGGGGGUCUCGCCAUGGAGGGUACAGCAGAGGAUGGAGGAGGGGCUUAAACCUGUCCCCUUAAGUUGCCUUCUAGAGAAGGGGCUCAUAUAUUUGUUUUAAAAUGUAUUUAGUGUGAAUUGACAUCCGUGUCCCUUUGAUAUUUUGAUACCAGAGGAGUGGAAUUUGCGCUGCCAAAGGGUAGCAAAGCCCCUCUGUUUUUAUACUGUGUAUAUAAGGUAUACAUCCACAUCGAAGGUGUAUUUAUUUUUUUAUAUGUUUGCUUUGCCUUUUCCUCAACCAGCUAUAUAUAUAUAUAUAUAAAUGUAUGAGAUGUCUGGCACCUUGGUGGCACGGCCCCGGGGGCCAGACCUAUAUCUAAAUGGUGCUACAUACAAACUUAAAGAGGGUCUGGCGCGAGUCACAUGUUGUGUUUCUACUUUUUAAGCUCCAGUGUAUAUAUGUAUAAUAUUGAUAUUUUUCAUGGCUGGCUAUGCAGGGAACUCUAUGUUUCACUAGUGUUCUCCCUGGCCCGAUGGUAGUUGUUACGCUAAUAAAAUUGUGUUUUUAUUUUUAAAA